GGUGUAAACAAAUUUCGUAUAACAUUGUAUAAAAAAAUUUCGCAACGUUGUUAUAUUUAUUAUUGUUUGCAUCUUGGUACGAGAUUGAUCAAAGACAAUUUUUAAUUUCAUUGCCAGAUGUUUGUUCGAUACUUCAUUUAAAUUGUGCAAGCGAAUUGCGUGGAAACAUACUUCAAGUGGUUAGCGAAUAAUUCGACUGUGUUUUAUUUACUUUGGAUACCCUUGUACCUGAAAUAAUAAAAACACACAGGUUACAGAUCGUGAUAACGAGGAAGUAUGGAAUUUCCGAUUUUAAAACGAUUUACUAAUAUAAAGUAAAGUACUACAUGAAGUAAGUGAAAUGGACAGCGAACCGAAAGUGCGUCGUUCAACGAGAGCAUUAUUAGUUAACACCGAUCGUGACGACGCAUCCGUUGAUGAAAGGUUGGUCAUUGAUGUUGCCUCGAAUCUGCCUGCACCAGAUAAAACUUCCAAGCAGCAACAGAUGACAGCUUUAACUAAAGUAAUAACACCGCGGAAGCUUGUACCUUUGGCAAGAAAAGUACGGCGCAGGCCAAAAUCAUGCAGCUCAAACAGUACUAGUGAUGAGUCUUCCCGUGAAGAAACGGAAGGAGAUGAAGAUGAUGAACCAAACCGGCUUAUACCAAAAUUAACGCGACUGAAAGCAAAACAAUUAAAUAAAAAGCCGCUUCCCAUAAUUCCGUUAAAUGCUCCCCGACCGGACGCAGAGGUUGCAGCUUUGAUUCGUGAAGAACUAGGUUCGGAUGACGACGAUGAAGAGUACAAGCCAACGGAGGACGAAAUACAUUCCGAUGAUGAUCCUAACACUACAAUUUCGGACCUUGAUUCACAACCACGAACUCCAGCAACACCGGCCACUCCGGGAACAACGGAGCAAGAUGGAGACAAUGGCGAUGCUUGCUACACCAAAGAUGGAUUGUUUAAGAUUCCACGUCCACGGGACGAUAGCCAAUGUUCGAACUUGGAACAAGAACAGGAAAAUAUUGCUCGCCGGACGCGAUCGAAGUUAUGCCUUCAGACAACGGCAAUUGAAACGAUUGAGUCGACUUUCGUUCCACCGGAUAUAACCACUGAUAUGUACGAUUUCGACUGCGAAAUCGAUCACCCAUGGAAGGAAUUUCUAAGUGAAUUCACCAAACCGUUACCAAAUCACGCGGAAGAUGAUGAUGAAACAGAUCCAGAGUAUGUGGCAGCCGGCAAAAUUCCUAUUGAUUGCGAAGAGCUUCGAGAAGCCAAGGUAUCCCGGAAGGAACUAAACGAGUUGGUAUCAGAAUUGCUAGAAUACGGUCUGAACUACGAAACUUUUCUUGAAGAUGAUGUAUCUGUACAAUCGAAUUUGAUUAAACCUGAUACAAGCACACCCCUUGAACAGAUUCAACCUAUUAUUCAGGAUAAGGCUGUUAUUGUAGACGAAGCGCUUCUACAGUAUCCAGCUUCGUCUACAACAUCAAUUCAACAGACAAAUGAAAUAAUAACAACUACUGCUUUGGAUAAUAAUAUAACCAAUAUGAAUCAGCAGCCUAUUCAUACACCAGUGGAUCCAGUAAAUUAUUCCUCGAUUAUCAAAAAUACAUCACAUACUGCGAUUGAUGGGAAUGUUUCGAGUAAAUUCCAAACAGUAACCAACCCAGGAUUAGUUGGUACAACUAGCUUCCAUCAGAAUAGUGUGAAUACUGCCAUUCUCCAGCAUAGCAAUGUUGACAACGAGCGAUUUUUCAUACAAGAAGCAACAUUGCACGAAUCAAGUUUUCGACCGUACUACUCAGCAGUACCGGUUGAAUAUCUUAAAAGCGGGACAUUGAAACCCGUAGAACAACGGUAUCGUUACGUUCAUACAUUGAUUCCAGUUACAGUGAAUUUAAAUGAAGAUCCAACUGGAUUUACCGAUUUUCAAUAUCAGCUCUUUCAGCAGCAGCUGCGAAUGCAUAUUCAGUUGGCAGCACAAAACUUUCUGCAAAGCUAUGCACAUCCCGAACUAUGGAGUAAAGCUGACCAAUUUAAAAAUAUGCUGCUUGACUUACAAAAGAAGUUUGCUACAAAUCUUUCGAAGCCAUGGAAUCUUGAUGCCGCUGUCGAAUGUUGCCUCAGCUGGGAAUCGGAAUUACAACGUGAAACAGAAGAGAAUAAAGAAUUAAUGAACUUUCUUUUAGCAGAACAGGAAAAAGCCAAAAAAGCAAAGGGGUUGCCUUAUACAAGCUAUUUUCCCUGGAAAAUGAUGGAUAAAAUAGUUGAUAGCAGUGUAUUUCUCUACCCAAAGUUGCUACCGUACAUACCGUUUCGUAUGCACUGUGUGAAAAAUUUUUUAAAAACCAUUCGGUCUGAAGAGCAAUUAAUUGCUGUUGGAUUGGAGACGUUUUUACCAAUGGUCGAGAAAGAACUUAGUGGUGAAAAACAACAUUUUAUUGGCAAAAAUCAAGCGCUGAUGUUAGCAUGUGGACACAUUAGUCAAUAUUUCUGCAUGCCGCACGAACCCGAAAAGAUAUACAAAUGUAUUCUUGCACGGCGAAGAACAGCCUAUAAUAAAAACCCGAUUCAUUACUAUUUGAAGCAUUCAAAGGCUGAGCCUUUUCGACAUGUACUCGAGAAAAUCGAUUUCAAUAAUGUGAUAAAGCCAGCGCAAUACCAAAAAAAUAUAUUGCCACAUCUUUGGGACAAGCAUAUAUUUUCAAAUGCGAGGAUAAAGAAGCUUUAUUCAUCCUCGGAUUCGUCAAGUGUUGCGUCCAAACCAAAGGAGCAAACUCGCAGCAUACCUCCACAUUCAACUACGACGGAUUCUAAUGUCAACAUCACCAUCAACGUACUGAUAGAUCCCAAAGAUCAGAGUGCUGUUCCUGUUGAAAACAAAACAUAUUUGAACCCUCUACCUAAGGGAACAUCGCUUGAGCCAGAAGAACGUCGACCGAAAACAGAAAAUACUACUAGCGAAAGCGCCAAACAAAUAACACUAGCUUCCUACGUUUCCGAGUUUGAAGAGGAUUCAGAGGUAGCGAUUCUGAAUAAUAGUACACCUUUGAAAAACUUGAAAAGUGAGUUUGACCAGCUGCCGGCCAACACAAAGCAAGUUCUUUUCCAAGAAGAAUCGUCGGUGGAGAAAAACUGUUGUAAAUGUAAUUGCCAUAAAAAGCAAAAUGAAGCUAAUUCUAAAGGUACUCCUACAAGAGCUGUACAAAAAAGAUUAACUGAUUACUUUCGACCUUUGCCGAAAAAGCAGCUCGCUGCUACAAAUCGAAGGGUAAACCUUAAAGAGAAGCUUUGGGAAAUUUUCCAACGCUACCGGAGUCCUGACAAGAUUGAAUUUGAAUACAACGGAGUGUUACUUGGCAGAGUGUACUGGCAUUUUAAAUUGAUUGCAGACUAUUCCAACUUUCUUGAUGAUUUGAAAACGAUGAGUUCAGGUGGGAAUGGGAAAAAAAUAGACAGCGACGCUAGAGUUGCGGAACAUUUACUCCCUGUUACGAAUCGCAAGGUAACAAAGGUGAAUGAUGUUGAAAAUCAGGAUGCAAAUUAUGCGUACAAUUUUUUCGAGAAAGUUGAAGAAACGCUCCUUGGCGAAAAUAAGCAUGCCGAAUACGAGAAAUUUCUGCAAAUAUUGCAGAAUUUCAAUCAGAAGGAAGAUCGCGUAGCUGAUUUGUACUAUAGAAUUGAAAAACUUUUGUCUGCGGAUCACCCAGAGUUCGUAGAUUUGUUUUUAACUUUCCUUCUGCCGGGACAAGCUGCUGAAGUAGGCAAAUUUUUUGAACACUUCAUCCUUACUAAUGCCAAUGAUUUUUUGGCGAAACUUAACAUCUAUUUUGCCAAACAGCCAUCUCAAAUAAAAAAAGUAUACUCUUGUAUUAACGAAUUGUCUCAGGAGCCGGAUGUUACUAUGGAACAGAUCAAAUCACGAAUACUUCCUUUGCUGAAGGGUAAUCCUCUACUGAUCGAAUGGUUCCUUCAAUUGUUUCCUCCGGAGAAGCCAAUAGAAAGUAGCAACCUUUCCGAUUAUGAAGUGAUAUCCUUAAAAAAGUUACCUUCUUCUGACUGUACAGAUGCAGGUCAAAUCUAUGAAGACGUUCCAUUCGUAGAUGUUGCUGCGGAAACAGUCGGUGAAAGCACGGUGUGUGGUACUAAGUACAUUCAAGGGCGGAUCCUUUACGGAACAUUGCCAGCCAGGCUAUCGUUUCUUGCGCACGAUUGCAUUCCACCACCACAGAAUGAGUCGUCCCCCAUCAAGGGGUGUGUUCACAAUGUCCGCAAUAUAGAAAAAGCAAAAGGAAGUGGUGUGUCCGAUAGCAUUGACGAUGAAUCAGAACUGCCGUCAGAAGCAGCUGCCAAGGAGGAUCCACGGUACAAGCUGUGUGACAAAGCAGCAUUCAAAGCCCAAGCUAUCAGAUUGAAUCCCCUUGUGCACGGUGGAAAAAACGCGAAUUUCGCCGAAGUUGCUCAUUUGCUCACAUCAGAAACUGAUGGAACUAUCGAGAAUGAUGCUUUUUCUGAGGAUGAAAAAGGUUCAUCGCCUAAAAAACAUCAAGCCUCUACAAAACUGACAGUGACAAAAAAGCGCAUCAAUUCUCCAGUAAACAGAAAACCUACCACAGGAAAGUUCUCUCCCCCAACCAGCAAAAAAUUGUCGCCUAUUUUAGCAUCAGUUCCAGCCGAUUCAAAAGUUGUUUCCAUUGCGAAAAAACUAAAGAGUUUAGCGGACGAUUCAGUGCCAGAAACAGGGUGCUUCGAAACUGAACCGGUAUCAUCUACUUCAACGGUGGCAGUGAAGAGAAAACCGGUUACAUCUCUUAGUCCUGACGUCUUAAGUUCUGCCAAACGCGAGAAGCUAGUGAAAAAAUCGCCUUCACAUGAUGCUGUGGACGGUGGUGAAACAUCAGCUAGCGAGAAAGCGGACUCUGCCGAGGAAAGUAAAGAGACUGGUAAACAAUUAAGUUGGGCCAGGGAGGAAGAUAAAGUUAUUCUGGAAGAAAUCAAAAAUGGCUUUAACACGGUAGAAGAAUUGCUCGGAAGGAUUGGGGUGAUACUGGAAAGCAGAACUUUAUCAGAUAUAAGGAGCCGGUACGAGUUUCUGAUGGAAGUAUUGAAGAAAUUUCAAAAGGCAAACUGAACCGUGAAUCUUUAGUGAUUACAAUGUAUGUAUGUACUAAAACUUAGCAUUAUUUUUGAUAUAACCAAUGCUGUUACAUAAGGAACAGUUUUAAAUACAUUAAAAAAAGGUACGUGAUGGUGUACUAUACCACAAACAAGUA